AUGACUCACAAUGGAGUGCAAGUCAGCACCUUUCGUGAGGCAGCUCUUUUGCGCGGCUUACUUGAGGAUGAUGAUAGCCAAGAAAUUUAUCUACAAGAAGCGUCUCUAUUUCAUAUGGCUUAUGAAAUGAGACGACUUUUUGCUAUGCUAUUAGUUUACUCCUAUAUAGAGAACCAAACAAGAGAGGUAUUGGUUGAAAAAAGCAUAAAAGUCCUUGAAGAGGACUUAAAUGCGAUUUCUUUACUCAAUCAAAAUCAGAGGCAUGCAUUUGAAGUUAUAUUUAAAAGAAUUUAUGAAAAUAAGAGUGGUGUAUUUUUUGUUGAUGGCCCUGGUGGAACUAGAAAAUCUUUUCUUUAUAGAGCUUUGUUGGUUGAUAUUAGGUCAAAGAGUUAUAUAGCAUUAGCGAUAGCCACAUCAGGCAUUGCUGCAUCAACACUACCUAGAGGUAGAACCGUUCACUCUCAGUUUAAAAUACCAAUUGAUACCUCAGAGGAUAGAGCAUACAAAAUUAGUAAACAAAGCAGUUUGGCAGGUAAGAUCUUUGGUGGGAAAAUGAUUGUUCUUGAGGGUGAUUUCAGGCAAACCUUUCCAGUGGUUCGUAAGGGAAGCCAAUCUGAAACCGUUGUUGCUUCUUUGAUUAAUUCCCCUAUUUGGCCAACUCUUGAAAACUUAGAGCUCACACAAAACAUGAGGGCUCGAUUUGAUCACUCAUUCAUUGAUUUCUUAUUAAGGGUUGGCGAUGGCACUGAACUAGCUGAAGACAACAGUCUCAUACAACUGCCUUCUUCUAUUUAG